UUCUCAGUGGUUUUCCUUGCGACUCUGCCUGUCUCUGCCCCUUGGGCUUGUGCUCGUUUAUGUCCUCCCGCGUGUACCUGCACUCAGGAACGGAGCUGUGCGGUUCUCUGCGAUCGAGCCGGACUGCCCCAAGUCCUCCAAGAAUUCCCAUGUGAGGCAUCCGCUAUCAACUUGGAUAAAAAUAGUAUCAAAUUUUUGGCAGAGAAGGCCUUUGGUACUCUUCCAGCCCUCCGAACUUUAUCCUUAAACUACAAUAACAUCUCCUUCAUCACCCCAGGCGCUUUUAAAGGGCUGCCCCAUCUUACUGAAUUGAAAUUGGCACACAACGAGUACAUUAGAUACCUGCACACCAGAACAUUCACUGGCCUCAAACGCCUACUGAAACUCGAUUUGUCUAAUUGCAACCUAUUUAAUAUCCCAGACCGGAUCUUUAUUGCAGUCAAUUCGCUGCAAGAGUUAGCAAUGUGGCAGAAUAACUUCAGGAGAAUACCUGGAGCAGUGAGGGGGACGGAGAGUCUAACCCGUUUGUACUUGGAGCGGAACAGGAUUGAAGCAGUGGCAUACAAUUCUCUGCAAGGACUAGGCAACCUGAAAUAUUUAAAUCUUCAAGACAACAAAAUUGCGGUAAUCCACGACAAAGGGUUUAAAGACUGCGUGAAAUUGGAGUAUCUCUAUCUUAACGAUAAUCUCCUGAGCAAUCUUCCCGAGUUCGCUUUCAAAGAACUCAGAUGUCUGAAGAUGUUAAACCUGGGAGGCAACACUUUGGUGAACGUGUCCAGUACUUGGUUUAGUGAGUUAGGUGAGCUGGAAGUUCUCUACCUAGACCGAAACACCAUCAGUUACAUCGAAGAAGGGGCUUUUGAAAAUCUGACCAGUUUGAUCUCCUUGCAUCUGAAUAGCAAUAACCUGACUUCACUGCCGCUUUCAGUUUUUCAGCCGGUGUACUUCAUAGGCAGGCUCUAUGUCUUCAGGAAUCCUUGGGAGUGUGAUUGUAAGAUGGAGUGGUUGAAGGAAUGGAUGGAGAACUACAAACUGGUUAGGGACAUCCCGUGCGCCUCCCCAUCUUCAGUCGCCGGUAUGGACCUGAGUAAAGUCCUCUUCACCAAAUCUGCAGAGGGUAUUUGCCUGGAUCCGGUGGAACAGAACGAGACAGUUUACACCCCAACCCCGACAGAAUGGCUCAGAUCCACCACCGAGAAUAGGUUCAGUAGUCUCAUCUCUAAAUUGCUUUUUCCAAAAAUGUACGAGGAUACCGAGAACACCACCGAAAUGUUUAGGAAUGUGUCCGACCAGGGCGGAAUCAAUGAGGAGGUGUCUGCAGCAGUUAAUGUCGAAAUUCAUCCUAAUAAUACACAUAAUCAUAUUGUCUUUACAGUCAUUAUACUUUUACUUUAUUAUAUAUGA